CAUUGCAUAUAGUCUCCAGUCUGGGUGUAGACGCUGAGGCAAGACCCUGCAGUACUCACUCUUUUUCUCAGCUCCACUUGAUUCUCUUUAUUUGCAAAGAUGGGGAAAGGCAUGAUCAUCAAGGACAUGUCCUUCAAAGUCGGACAAACCCUGACUAUCGUUGGAGUGGCAAAACCUGAUGCUACAAACUUUGCGGUCAACAUUGGGCCUGACGAGCAGGACAUCACGAUGCACAUCAACCCUCGUUUUAACGCCCACGGAGACGAGAACGCAGUCGUCUGCAACUCCUACGAAGGAGGCAACUGGUGUGAGGAGGUCCGUGAGGGAGGCUUUCCUUUCCAGCAAGGAGAAGAGUUCAAGAUCGUCAUUGAAUUCACUCCCGCUGAGUUUGUCGUGACCUUAUCAGACGGCUCCACAAUCCACUUUGCCAACCGCAUAGGCGCGGAGAAGUACUCGGUCAUCAGCUUUGAAGGAGAGGCUCGCGUACAGAGCGUCGAAAUCAAGUAAAACCUCUGCGUUCUGAAGAGCAUCUGAACUGGCGGUCAGAUACCACAUGUACCGCUUGCUUUCAGAAUCAUCCAAACGUUGGUUUCCAGAUAUUGGUAUUCAGCAAAUUCAUGACCAGGUUUAGGCUUGUUUAGACUAGAUGCAUUCACAAAUAAAAAUAAAGGUGGUUAGAUAGCACCUGUGUAGAGUAAGAAUCCUUGGAUUUGCAGAGAAAAAUAUGGUGUGUAUUGUGACUGGAACAACUUUUUUUUUUUGUUUGUUUGUUUGGUUUUGUUUUUUCAAAAUUAACAACUGACCAAAUACCUAAAAAACAUUGUUAUGUUUUAUAGUGUUUUUAGGGUUUUGAGUUUGUCAAAUUGUCCAAACAUAAUUACACACACAUGCGCACCUGUUUUUUGUUUAUGGAUCAACCAUUUUUCAUUGACAUUCCACUGAAAUUACAAUGUUUACCUGUAACAACAUCCGUUAAAAAUGAUCGACAUAAAUAAGCAUUUCAGACAUGUCAAAAGUUCUUAUUUUUCUUUGCCCAAUAAAAUCUCAGUAUUUGUGAAAAAAA